AUGUCGCCUUAUAGGCUGGUGUUUGGCAAAAUGUGCCACCUGCCCGUGGGUAUAGAGCACAAGGCAUACUGGGCAGUCAAGGAGAUGAGUAUGAAACCUUCGGCUUGUGAAGAGGAAAGGAAGUUACAGUUACAAGAGCUGAAGGAACUAAGGCUGGAGUCUUAUGAGUCUGCUAUGUGGUAUAAGGAAAGGAAAAAGUUAUGGCAUGACAAGAAUCUCCGAGUCAAGGAACUCCAUGUGGGACAGAAGGUGCUCCUUUUCCAAUCCCGGCUCAAGCUUAUGCCAGGAAAGUUGAAGUCUAAGUGGAUCGGUCCAUAUACCAUUGUCGGCCUCCGCGCGAAUGGAGCUGUAGAGAUCCAGGGAAGUGCCUCUAACUCUAUCCCUUUCCUUGUUAAUGGCCAUAGGGUAAAGGUCUAUAGGGAUAAUUCUGAGUUGUGUGUAGUGGAGGAAGUGUCACUACGCGCACUCCCUAUUAUCACCUAG